AUUGAAAAAUUUCCCUCCUUUCGAGAGCAAUUCGUCUCGACUCGUAGGCCAGAGCCAGUGGCCAGGCAACAAAAACGGUCUGGCCGCGUCCGUCUGCUCAACAUGUUCUCGGCCUUCCUUCGACGGGUGACGUCCGUGAAGGAAAAGAUCCCUUUUUUGAACGAGUUACAUCUCAACUUCAUCUUCCUCCACUAUGCCUAUAUCAUCUCCUGGGCGAUCAUUGGAUCCAUCAUCGUCUACCCCUGUGGCAACAUCAGAUACAUCGAUGCCCUCUUCCAGUCCGCCGGCGCCGCCACCCAGAGCGGACUGAACACUGUCGAUUUGAACAGCCUCCGACUUUACCAACAAAUAGUCUUAUAUCUGAUUACAUGUCUGUGUACUCCGAUCUUUAUCCAUGGCGCGCUGGUUUUUAUCCGUCUCUACUGGUUCGAGAAGCGUUUCCAGCAUGUGGUGCGAGACGCUCGUGCGAUGCGACGAACCCGAUCCCGCAUGGAAACCGUGACAGAGGACAGAGACAGCGAGGACGCCAAUCGCGCGGAGCUUGGAGUGAGCGGACGACGCAUCGUGGUGGUACGGGAUAAUGAGGGGGAUGCUCGAGACGGUCGAUUGACGGACUCGGGCAGCAAAACAAUCGAUUCCGGUAUCAACACCCCUGCCCGAACAGCGAGCCAGGACUCCAGCUCCGAAGGGACGGAUACGGGAGCUGAACCUCGUUUCGGACUUGGUAGCUUGAAGGUGCCAACGCAUCUCAAUCCCGAACACCACAUUGCAUUUUUGGAAAAGCAGCGGAAAGACAAAGGCGCACUGCGCAUUCCUAGUCCCCGCGAGUAUGAUCGGGGUGGUGCACCCGAGGCCUUGGAAGAGGAUAUCGAUCCGGAGGAUGAGCAGGCUCAGCCCUCAGAUGACCGCAAGAACCUGCCUUACCACUCCGAGGCGCAGGAUCAACUUGGUCCCCUCGAAGGGCCGCAUAUCACUAUCAACGAACCGGAUAUCUCUAGAACCCGCCCACGCGGUAAUACCUUUCCCCGUUUAGACACCCGACCUACUUUCAAGGAGACCAAAGAUGGCAAUGAAACCACUACUCUGGCCCCUACCACCACCAAGAACACAUUCAGGGGUAUUUUCCGGUCUCUGACACAAGAGCGGGACCUUUCUACUCAGCCAUAUCUCAGUUGGAAUGCGACAGUUGCCCGAAACUCCAAUUUCGUCGAUUUGACUGAGGAACAGCGCGAUGAGCUGGGCGGUAUUGAAUACCGUGCGCUCAAGACCCUGGCCGUUGUUCUUAUCACUUACUAUGUUGGCUUUCAUCUCAUCGGUAUGCUGAGCAUGAUCGGCUGGAUCAUGACGGAAAAUAAAUGGGGCGACAUUGUGCGUGCAGAUGGAGUUGGGCGGCCGUGGUGGGGAAUUUUUACCGCUGCUUCUGCCUUCAACGACUUGGGUUUCACCCUGACGCCUGACUCGAUGUACUCUUUCCAAACAGCCAUUUUCCCUUUACUGAUGCUCGCCUUCUUGAUCAUCAUUGGUAACACUGCUUUCCCGUGCAUGCUACGAUUGAUGAUCUGGGUGCUUUCGAAAUUCACACGCCAGGGUUCUGCACUGUGGGAAGAACUUAAGUUCCUCCUGGACCAUCCCCGUCGAUGCUUCACUCUUCUGUUCCCUCGCAAUGCUACUUGGUGGCUAUUUGCCAUUCUUGUGGCCCUGAACGGCAUUGAUCUGAUCUUCUUUGUCAUCCUUGAUCUCAAAGAUUCUGCCGUCACCGCGCUGGCUCCCGGUAUCCGAGUCGUGGACGGCUUCUUCCAAGCCGCUGCUACGCGAACCGCCGGUUUUGGAAUUAUCAGUCUUUCAGAACUCCAUCCCGCAAUCCAAGUCUCCUAUCUGAUCAUGAUGUAUAUCUCGGUUUUCCCUAUCGCAAUCUCCAUGCGUCGAACCAACGUGUACGAGGAAAAGAGUCUAGGAAUCUACGAUGCCGCCGAUGAAGAACAUGACGAGGAAACAAACGCCCCGACCUAUAUCGGAGCUCAUUUGCGCCGUCAGCUGAGUUUCGAUUUAUGGUAUGUGUUCUUGGGUCUUUUCAUCAUUGCUAUCGCAGAAGGAUCGAGAUUGCAAGACAACGACUCCGCCUUCCAGCUGUUCACGGUUCUGUUCGAAGUCGUCUCAGCGUACGGUACCGUCGGUCUCUCCUUCGGCUACACAGGAGUCAACACCUCCUUCUCAGGACAGUUCAACGUGGUUUCGAAGCUUGUAAUCAUCGCGAUGCAAGUCCGCGGUCGCCACCGUGGCUUGCCAUACGCACUGGACCGAGCCGUCCUCCUCCCUUCCGACGCGCUCAACCGACACGAAGCCGAGGAGGGCGAGCGCCGCAUGCGCCGUCGUGCAUCUAAUCUCAGCGGUGCUGCGUCUUUCGGACAAUCACGGUCUUUCGGCCCAGCCCAGUCCCGUACACUCUCCCAAGCGAGGAACGAUGCCGGUCGGUCUUCGGGGAUGGAAACCCGCGACUGGGAGCUCAACCCUGCUCCAAACGCAGACUCUCUCGUGCAACGUUCCACGACCAACCGAUCCAAUCGGUAA